AUGCCGAACAAGGUUUGUCUCGUGGGCUCCGGCAACUGGGGCUCUGCCAUCGCCCGUAUCAUCGGCGAGAACACCAAGAAGUUGCCCGAGACGUUCGAGCGCGACAUUAACAUGUGGGUCUUCGAGGAGCAAGUGAACGGCCGCAAUCUCACCGAGAUUAUCAACUCGGAGCACGAAAACGUCAAGUAUUUGCCUGGCUACAAGCUGCCGGAGAACAUCAUCGCCGUGCCAGACCUUCUCGACGCCGUGCGUGGCGCCGACAUUCUCAUUUUCUGCGUGCCACACCAGUUCUUGGGCCGCAUGUUGGUCUCCAUUAAGCAACAGGGUCUCAAGGAGGGCGCUAUGGCCGUCUCCCUCAUCAAGGGCAUUGACUUCGACGCGAAUGGAGUCGUCCUGGUGUCCGACCUUAUCCGUAAGGGUCUAGACAUCGAUUGCAGUGUUCUAAUGGGCGCAAAUGUUGCCAAUGAGGUGGCGGCUGGCGACUUCUGCGAGUCUACGCUUGGUUGCGCCGACUUGCGCCACGGCGCUCUACUCCGUGAGCUGUUUAACGCUCCUACGUUUCGCGUGGACGUGGCGCUGGACCCGCACGGCGUGGAGAUGUGCGGCGCUCUAAAGAACGUCGUUGCACUCGGUGCUGGCUUCUGCGACGGCCUUAAGUACGGUGGCAACACCAAGGCUGCCAUCAUCCGUAUUGGUCUGAGCGAGAUGAAGAAGUUUUGCUUCAAAUACUUUGACGGUGUCAAGGAAGACACGUUCUUCGAGAGUUGCGGUAUUGCUGAUCUAAUUACCACGUGCUUUGGCGGCCGCAACCGCAAGUGCGCUGAGGCCUUUGUGACGCAAAAGACCACGUGGGAAGAGCUCGAGAAGACCAUGCUCAACGGCCAGAUGCUGCAGGGUACGCUCACGUCUAAGGAAGUGUACGCUAUUCUCAAGGAGCACAAUGCCACUGACCAGUUCCCGCUGUUCACGGCCAUCUACCGUAUUGCCUUCGAGGGCGCCGAACCUGCCACGAUCACGCAACUCGAGUGCGCGCAGUAA